GUGUCCGUGCUUUUUCAGGUCCCGCACUCUGCUUGGACCAUAUUUUCACAGCUUGAAGAGUAGAGAUUGAUGAUCGAUACCGGGUUAAAAUGAAGAUCCCAUAUCACGGGCUGCUCGUCAGCGGCGACGUCCUCUUGGCCGCCCGAGGCUGCAAUCUUCAUACUUUCAGCAUAAAAGACGGAUCUCAUCUCUUCACGUGGAAAUACCCGUCAUUGAGGAAAGAUGAGCCGUCAGACGCAACACCCGCACGGGAGAAUGGCUCAAGUGUUCCGACUCCAAUGUCCUGUGAUGCCGAGAACCCUAAUGUGGAAGACGGCGAUUCUGGCCCGCCUCCUAAGCGGAGAAAGGUGGAAAACAGCGAGGAGGUUGAGCAGGAGGAGCCCGAUCAGGAGAUGGGCCAGGAAGGGGGCGAGAAGCAUCCCAGCAGGAGGUCCAAGAGGCGUGCGAAGAAGAAGAAGUCGCAGGCAUUGCACCCCGUCCAAAGACCGGCAGAGCCGCCCAUGAUCCAGUGCCUGACGGCGACGACGGAUGGGAAGCAUGUGGUGGCCGUUACUGGAUCAGACAAGACCAUCUGGGUCUUCGAGCACGACGGCGCGGGAAACCUCGUACAACUCGGUCAACGAACAAUGCCAAAGCGGCCCUGCUCCAUCGUCCUGACCCCGGACAACAAGACGAUCCUCUCAGCAGACAAGUUCGGGGACGUCUUCUCCCUGCCCCUGAUCCCCAACGGCGACCCCGCCGAGGGCUCGCCCCAAUCCGCGCCAUCCACGCCGGCAACCCCGGCGACCCCGCAGCCGGCCAAGCCCCAGGCCAACACGCUGACGGUGCACACAAAGCGCAACCUGAAGGCGCUCGCGAACCAGAACCAGAGACUAGUCACGCAGCAGGUCGAAAAGGCCCGCACAGCGACCUUCGAGCACACCCUCCUCCUCGGCCAUGUGUCCAUGCUCACCGCCAUCGCCCUGACCACGCGGGCCGGGCGCUCCUACAUCGUGACGGGCGACCGGGACGAGCACAUCCGCGUGUCGCGCCCCCCGCCCCAAGCGCACGUCAUCGAGGCCUACUGCCUCGGCCACGACGAGUUCGUCAGCCGCCUGUGCGCCGUCCCCGGCAGGCCCGAGCUCCUCGUCUCGGGCGGCGGCGACGACGACCUCUUCGUCUGGGACUGGUUCGCCGGCGCCCUGCUCUCCACGGCGGACCUGCUGCCGCUCGUGUGCGCCGUCCUCCCCGAGGCAGCCCAGCUCGCCGUCUCGACCCUGCGCGCCUUCCACCACCCGGGCGGCACCACCUGGGUUGUCGCCGCGUGCGAGGCGGUCCCCGUGCUAUUCUGCUUCCGGCUCGAGGGGAACAGCCUCCAGCACGCCCAGACCGUCCCCCUCGCCGGAAAUCUACUGGAUGCCGUGACCUUCGACACGGAGCGGGGCCUGCAGCUGCUCGCCGCGUUGGAUGCCCCGCGGGACGCGGUCGGCGACCCCUCGCUCGUCACCCUCGGCUGGGACGGCGAGUCCGGGAGCUGGCAGCCAUCGCCGUUCCCGGUCGCGGACGAGGCGCUCGACGACGGCGAGGCGGACAUCACGCGGGAGGAGCUCACCAAAUCCCUGUACAGCACCGAGACGACGCUGCGCAAGAUGGGACACGACGACGAGUAAGCGGGGGAAAGUAGAUAGCUUUUCGCCUUAUCAUAAAAUCAAUUGCCGAGGGAAAAUAAACUAGCAACGUGAUCUCUACAUCUUGCAGCUAAGCAAGCCAGAUGCCUCUCUAUCCCUGUCAAAACGCCGUCGACCUGGCCUGAUUUGUAAUGAAACGCAAUAGGGAAGAAAUGAAACCGUCACCAUGCAUGCCGCGUUCGUUCCCUUUCAU